UUUUCAGUGAGACGUCAACUCAAUAGUGAGAAACUAUUGCACAGAGAUUUGUCGAAAGGCAAGGAAUACUAUCAAAUACAAGUGGUUAAUGGGGUCGACAACGAGCCCUAUCCCAUCGAUUUCAUGUACGUCACCGACAAUUGCGAGGCCUCGCAGAUCAACAUCGAUCGCACCAUCACUUCCCUUCAGAGCUGUCAGUGCGAGGAUGACUGCACGUCUCAGAAGUGUGUUUGCGGCGCCAUAUCCUUCAGGUGCUGGUACGACAAAGAGGGCAAACUGUUGCCUGAAUUCAAUCUGAUGGACGCGCCCAUGAUUUUUGAGUGCAACCGCGCCUGUAGUUGUUGGAAGACAUGCAAUAACCGUGUGGUUCAGUACGGCGUCCGAUCCCGUUUACAAGUCUUCAGAACUAAUGGGAAGGGAUGGGGUGUACGUGCGCUCCGGGAUAUACCCAAAGGAACAUUUGUUUGUGAAUAUGUCGGCGAAAUUAUCAGUGAUUCCGAAGCGGAUAGACGUGAAGACGACUCUUAUUUGUUUGAUUUGGAUAAUAAGGAUGGGGAGACCUAUUGUCUGGACGCACGCUUUUAUGGCAAUAUUUGUCGCUUUAUCAACCAUUUAUGUAACCCUAACCUCACUCCAGUCAAGGUGUUUGUCGACCAUCAGGACCUCUCGUUCCCCAGAAUUGCAUUAUUCAGUUCGCGAGACAUUAGAGCCUACGAGGAGUUGGGUUUCGAUUACGGCGAGAAGUUUUGGGUCAUUAAAUACAAGACAUUCACCUGUAGUUGUGGUGCACACGACUGCAAGUAUAACAAGGAGUCCAUUCACACCACUAUUGAGAACUAUUAUAAGAGACUUCGCGACGAACAGCUCUCCAUAUCGAGCCCUAUCGACCCCCUCUAUAAUGAAUGAAUGAUUGAAUGGACACUCUUUACCAAAAGCACAACCAUUUCACCUAUAAAUCCAUCACUUUUUCAAUCAAACAAUAACUUAAUAUAUCAUGUA